CGCACAAACGAGAGUAAAACGACAUACCGGGAAUGAGAUCAAGCAUUGUGAGAAAGCCGUUAAGUCUAACGGCGACACUACUCCGCCGAUACCUUUUCUCAAGUCCGCCGUCGUUUCCAUCUUCGCGCUUCUCUUCCUCUUCAGCUCCGAUAGGCUCCUCCGCCGCGGACAGCUCGGAGGCGACUCAGUGCAGCGGGUUGACUCGGUUGGCCUCGCUGGUGGAGGGCUGCGACUACGAGCACUGGCUCGUGGUUAUGGAGCCUCCUAAGGGCUACCCUCUUCGCGAUGAGAUCAUCAAUGGCUACAUCCAAACCCUAGCCACGGCCCUCGGAAGUGCAGAGAAGGCAAAGAAGUCAAUUUACUCUGUUUCUACAAAGUACUACUACGCAUUUGGCUGCAAAGUCCCAGAGAAUUUGACUUUUAAGAUCAAAUCUCUGGCCAAUGUGAAAUGGGUUCUACCAGAUUCUUACUUGAGUCAUGGUGAAAAUGACUAUGGAGGAGAACCUUUGGUUGAUGGCAUUGUUACUCCAUAUGAUGAAAAAUAUCAUGCAGACUGGGUGCUCGACGAAAAUCACACAACAGUUAAGUCUUGAUCACUCUUAUACCCCUGAAUUUUUACCCUCAACUAGUUAGUUUCGAUCCGGAUGCUCAAGUUUCACCUCCUGGAGAUUUAAGCAGCAAGACAUUACAAUGUGAAGCAGUUGUGUUGCAUCAACCUGAAUGUCAUAGAGUGGAGGAAAAAGAGCUUCAUCUUUGGUAAUAUAUGAAGAGAUGUAGCAGAUAUAGACUUGUUUUAGAAACUUAAUUGUUUCUUUGGCUCCAAUAUUUACAUUAUCACAUAGUUUUAUCUUCGAGCUAAACCUAGUUUUUGCCUUUUCCCACUCAAAAUUUGGUUAAAAGUUGCAUUGCAUUUAUGUAUCCCAAGUCCUUAUCAAACCAUACUUGGUUUGAAUUGGGGAUGCAUGAUCCUUUCUGCAAAUCCUUGAAUUGGAGGGGACCCACUUUUUGUUAUAGUCGUAGGCAAUAGCAAAUUCUUUAGUUACACCAGCACGUAACUUGUGAUUUAGGCCAACUUGGGAUUUGGGUGGAGUUUGGUGCAAGUGUUGAAAUAUGAGGCUGGCCCUGAAGAAUUCUAGUCUAUCUCCAUAGAUUUUGUAAGACUAAUAAAAAUAUGCCCUCCGAAAUCUGCUGGGUGGGUUGUUCAAACCUUUGAUUGGUGCACCAUGCCGUUUGAGCUGAUUUUGAACACAAAACAAAGGAAGAAAUAUUCAUGGAAAUUGACUUGGAAUAUUGAAUACAUUAUUUGCCCUCGAGAACCUAAUGGAAGAUUAGAAUAGUAUAGGGUUUGA